AUGUCGCAAAAUACCAACCUAUCUUGCGUUCUUUUCGGCGCCGGUAAAGUUCGCUUCGAAAACCUUCCUAUUCCCCCACUCGACGACCCUCAUGAUAUCUUGAUCCGCGUUGCAUAUGUCGGUGUAUGUGGCAGCGAUGUCCACUUCUGGCAUCAUGGGGGUAUCAGCCGCAAAGUCUCGGAAAAAAUGCCCUUAGUUAUGGGCCACGAGGCCUCUGGGAUCGUCGACUCCAUCGGAGUAGCCGUUUCAAGUGUCAAGCCAGGUGAUCGGGUUGCCAUCGAGCCGGGCUUUCCAUGUCGGCGAUGCAAUCAGUGCAAGCAAGGCCGAUACAACAUCUGCCCUGAUCUGAAAUUCGCCGCUGAUCCCCCCCUUACGAACGGGACAUUAUGCCGACUAUUUAGGAUCCCCGAAGACUACGUCUACAAAAUCCCUGACUCUAUGAGCUUGCAGGAAGCUGUACUUAUUGAACCUUUGAGCGUUGCUGUGCAUGGUGUUCGGCUUGCUGAGUUGAGACCCGGUCAAAGUGUCCUGGUUCAAGGAUCUGGCACGAUCGGCUUGAUGGCUGCUGCAGCUGCGAAAGCAUUUGGUGCCCGAGUUGUUUUCAUUUCGGACAUCAAUCAGAAUAAGCUGGAUUUCGCAAAGUCGUUUGUGGAUUGCACUACAUUCGUUCCAGAUGUCCAUUCUACUCCAGACAUAGCUGCAAUAAAAUUCCAGGAAGAGAUGGGCAUUCCAGGUGGUGUCGAUGUGGUUCUGGAAUGUACUGGGGUGGGAUCAUCGGUGGCAACAGGUCUUUAUGCGUGCGGCCCUGGUGCCAUAUUUGUUCAAAUUGGGAUGGGUCAGCCGAUGCAAAGUAUUCCUCUACUCGCAAUGAGUGAGAAAGAAGUUGUCCUGAAGACUUGCUUUCGGUAUGCGCCGGGUGAUUAUGAGAUUGCGCUGGAGCUGGUUGGCUCGGGUAAAAUUCCGGUCAAAGAGUUGAUCAGCAGUACAGUGCCAUUUGAAGAUGCUACUGUGGCAUGGGCGAAGACAGCCAGAGGAGAGGGGAUCAAGAACUUGAUUCAAGGUGUCCAGGACUAG